CAGAAGGUCCCACAAAGGGGGCGUGGUCUGCAGGUGCGGCCGCUCUGGGCGCGGCUCGGUGACCCUGGCGGACCGGCGGCCACCAUGGCGGCGGGGUCGGAGUGCUGCGGGCCUUUGCUCCCUUGGCUGCAGACCUUUGACCCCCCCUCGCCCUGCACCUCCCCCCAGGACCUCACCACUGGGGUGACCCUGGCUCAUGUCCUGCACUGCAUCGACUCCUUGUGGUUCAAUGAGACAUGGCUGGGCCGCAUCCAGAGUGGCACUGAGGACAACUGGAGGCUGAAGGCAAGCAACUUGCAGAAGGUGCUACAGAGCGUACUGGAAUACUGGCAGGAUGUGCUGGGCCAGGCGGUGGCAGAGCAUCACAUCCCUGAUGUGGUCCUGGCAGCCCAAUGUGCCGACCCAGAGCAACUGGGCAAAUUGGUGCGACUGGUGCUGGGCUGUGCUGUCAGCUGUGAGAGAAGGGAAGAGCACAUCCAACGCAUCAUGACCCUGGAUGAGGCGGUGCAGCAUGGAGUGAUGACAGCCAUCCAGGAGCUUUUGGAUAAAGAACCCCUGGAGGCGAUGAUGGUGGAGACGUAUGAGAGCUUUGAUGCUCAGUCACGGCGCUACUACUUCCUAAGUGAGGAACCCGAGGAUGCUGUGGGGCCACAGCAGCGCUGCCUGGAGCUGGAGCAGCAGGUGGCAGCGCUGCUGGAGGAGAAGGGCAGCCUGGCUGAGGAGAACAGAGCGCUGCGGGAGGAGAAAGCCCAGCUGGAAGCUGACGCUGCGGGUGCUGCAUCCAAGAAGCUGCAGCUGCUGCAGGCGCAGGUGGAAGAGCUACAGGAGGAAAACUACCGGUUGGAGAGCGGGAAGGAGGAGCUGCGGGCGCGCUGCAGCCGCUUGGAGCAGGAGGCGCGGGGGCUGCAGGCGCGGGCGGAGGAGCUCAGCAGCCUGGCUGGGGAGGCUCGGGUGCUGCGGGAUGAGAUGGACGCGCUCAGGGCGUCCUCUGCCCGUGCGGGACGGCUGGAGGCGGCGGUGGAGGCGUACCGGGGCCGGGCAGCGGCGGCCGGGGCUCUGCGGCGCUGGGUGCGGGCGCUGGAGGAGCGACACGCCGGGCAGAUGCGCCGGGCCAACGCGCUGCAACUGCAGCUGGGCAGGGCGCAGGCGGGCAGGGCGCAGCUGGAGGCGGCACGGCGGCAGGUGGAGGAGCUGAGCGGGCAGCAGGCGGCGGCGGCCCUGCAGGCAGAGCGCUGGCAGAAGGAAUGCCGCAGCCUGCAGGAGCGGUUUGAGGCACUGAGCCAGGAGAGGGAGCGGCUGCUGGAGGAGCGCGAUGCUCUGCGCGAGGCCAACGAGGAGCUGCGCUGUGCUCAGGUGCAGCAGAGCUGCUUGCAGCAGGCAGAUGCGGUGCUGGAUAGGAGUGCCGCCCUAGCAGGAAACCUGGCGGCUGAAAUCCUCCCUGCUGAGCUCAGGGAGACAGUGGCACGGCUGCAGCAGGAGAACCAGCGGCUGCAGGCCCAGGAGGCAGCACUACGGCUGCAGCGGGACCGACUGCAGCAGCAGCUCCGCAACAUUGAUAGGUUGGAGGCUGUGAGGGCAGCAGGGCUGCAAAGGGACCCCAACAAAGAGGUCACACGGGUGCUGGAGUCCCCCCACACUGCUCCUGUCCUGCGCGCCCUCAGGAACCAACUGCAGGAGAAGGAUGCUCUAAUCCGGCACCUGGAGAAUGACUACGAGCGGAGCCGGGCGCAGCAGGAGCGCGAGGAGCGGCUGUUGGUCACGGCGUGGUACAACAUGGGUUUGGCAUUGCAGCAGCAGACACGUGAGGAGGGGGCCCUGGGGACCCCUCCCGGGAGUGGCCCUCACUCAUUCCUGGCCCAGCAGCGUUUGGCCACGGCUGCUCGCCGUGCACGGCCCCCCCACGGCCGCCCCCCCAACCGUUGACCCCACAGGCUCAUCAUUUGGGGG